GACUUCGCUGUGACAACUAUUAAGAAAGACAAUAAUGACAGAAAAGAGGACCGAGCGGACUCCGUAGUCGUGGGUGCUCACCCGCUCCCCAGUUGAACGUUCAUCAUGGAGAAGUCCUUGGCAGAGUUCAACAAGGCCGGCUCGCAGUCGACGUCGUCACUCCUGCCGGAGCCGGUGGACGUCAUCCGCACCAAGUCAUGUUUCCGGAGGGUCCGCCUCAACGUGGGCGGCCUGCCGCACGAGGUCCUCUGGCGAACGCUGGACCGGCUCCCCCGGACGCGCCUGGGCAAGCUGCAAGACUGCAGCAGCCACGAAUCGCUGAUGGAGGUGUGCGACGACUACAACCUGGACGAGAACGAGUACUUUUUCGACCGACACCCGGGCGCCUUCACCUCCAUCCUCAACUUCUACCGCACUGGAAAGCUGCACAUGAUGGAGGAGAUGUGUGCCCUGUCCUUCAGCCAAGAACUGGACUACUGGGGCAUCGACGAGAUUUACCUAGAGUCCUGCUGCCAGGCCAGGUACCACCAGAAAAAGGAGCAGAUGAACGAGGAGCUCAAGAGGGAGGCGGAUAAUUUAAAAGACAGAGAGGGGGAAGAAUUCGACAACACGUGCUGUGGGGAGAAACGCAAGAAACUGUGGGACCUCCUGGAGAAACCCAGCUCGUCAGUCGCUGCAAAAAUCCUGGCUAUCAUCUCUAUCCUGUUCAUCGUGUUGUCCACCAUCGCGUUGUCCCUCAACACUCUACCAGAUCUGCAGGGUACGGAUGAGUUUGGCCAGUCCACAGACAACCCACAGCUGGCCCACGUGGAAGCUGUGUGCAUUGCCUGGUUCACCAUGGAAUACUUGCUGCGCUUCCUCUCCUCUCCCAACAAGUGGAAGUUCUUCAAGGGUCCUCUGAACGUCAUCGACCUGCUGGCCAUCCUGCCGUACUACGUCACCAUCUUCCUGACAGAAUCAAACAAGAGCGUGUUGCAGUUUCAGAACGUGCGACGUGUGGUUCAGAUUUUCCGAAUCAUGCGAAUCCUGCGCAUUCUCAAGCUUGCCCGCCACUCUACAGGACUUCAGUCUCUUGGCUUCACCCUUAGAAGAAGUUACAACGAGCUGGGCUUACUCAUUCUAUUUCUGGCCAUGGGGAUCAUGAUCUUCUCCAGUCUGGUGUUCUUUGCCGAGAAGGACGAGGAAGACACAAAGUUUAAAAGCAUUCCCGCUUCUUUCUGGUGGGCGACUAUCACAAUGACCACUGUCGGCUAUGGAGACAUCUACCCCAAAACUCUGCUCGGAAAGAUAGUCGGCGGUUUAUGCUGCAUAGCAGGAGUACUCGUAAUAGCUCUGCCUAUUCCCAUUAUUGUAAACAACUUCUCAGAAUUCUACAAGGAGCAAAAGAGACAGGAGAAAGCACUUAAACGUAGAGAGGCCCUGGAGAGGGCAAAGAGAAACGGUAGCAUUGUCUCCAUGAACUUGAAAGAGGCCUUCGCUCGUAGUGCAGAACUGAUGGAUGUGGUGGUGGAAAAGAAUGAGAGGUCUCACGAUAACCACCUCUCACCAAGCCGUUGGAAAUGGACUCCCAAGAGAGCUGUUUCGGAAACGAGCUCCAACCGUUCUUUCAACGGCCAAGACGUGGGAUCUCCAAACAAGGGCCGAAACAGCAGCCCUCAAAAGUUGAACGUUCAGAAGCUGGAAGAGAUGUACACGCAAAUGGCCAAGACCCAAUCGCAACCAAACCUCAACGCUAAAGGUUCCAGGGUUGGAAAACAGAGGGACGAGAUUGAGCUGGGAGCAAUACAGGAUCACGGUCCACCAAUGCUGGUAACCAGAGAUGGUGUCGGUGACAUGAAAAGUUUAUCCAGCAUUGACAGCUAUAUCAGUUGUGCUACAGACUUCCAGGAGAAUCCCCGCUUCCCUCAUAGCACAGCAAUGGACCUUUGCCACAGCGAAAUCAACCGGUUUUCACAGAGUCCAGCUAUCGCCCUUCCCCAACACUCACUGGCAAAAACAGGCCAACAAGGCACCAGAACCCCUAAGUUGACUCCCAUCACCGUUCCCAAACCUACGGGCUCAGAAAGUGCAAGGAGAUUCUUAUUCUCUGGCAGUGGGACAAAAAGUCUUUUCUCUAAGGGAGGCUGUCGCGACGAGAAGGAGCCUGGACCGUCGCCACUCUCAGACAGCUCUGUCAUGUCUGACCAUUCACUGGUGAGUCCCGAAGUUUCUGUCUACACCACAGCCAGCAGCAGGACGCCGCCAAAAUCGCCAGAAAGUCCCACCCUGGCUCCGACCGUCUUCACCUUCCACGACUCUUCUAUCAGCAAAUAUAUCGACGCCGACACCGAUGACGACGAGCACCUGCGCGACAUCUCCGACGCUAGCCCCACAGAUUGCCUGCUGAGCGGCUCAAGCCCCAAGCGCAGCAUCAACAUAAGCUACCAGAGAGCCAACAACCAUUUGGACGCUGCCCAGAAAAUGCUGGGACAAAACUGUCUAUUCCCCCGGGAAGGAAUUUGUGGGGUUUCGCACGAGAAUCAUGUGGGUCCAGAGGUAGGACGUAGACAAAAGAAGGUAAGGGGGCGGCAAAAUACUUUGGACAAAAGCCACUGA